AUGGCCCAGGCUCUGGACUUGGUCCCCUGGCCCCAGGAUGCCAGCCCUAUCUAUGCAGCGCCCGGAGUCCUAAUUCCCCUGGAGCCCAAGAAGAUCAUGUUGGCUGGCGUGAAGGACCACCUCUACCACCCCUGCUUGCCCACGCUGAGGCGCAUGGACAUGGACACCGUUGCCAACAGGCUCACAGAUGAGCACUCCAGGACAACCACCUCUUGCUCCAAAGAGGAUUUUCAGAACGCGACCUUCACCCUGGCCGGAGUGCCCAGCGAGCGCCUCCCCUCCCUGGGCAUGACGGAGCUGGGCAAGUCGCUGACCGCCAGGUACCGAGCGGGGAAGAUGGCUCCGCUGCUGCCCAGCACCAACCAGGAGGAGUGGCCCAGCUACACGCGCGCCAUGGAGGACUGGUCCCGCUUCGUCUCAGCCGCGGGGGAGUUCAAGCUCCCGAGCCUGAAUCGCAAAGUUCUUGGGUUCAGCUGUUAUGCUGUGAGAUACUUAAAACCAGACGUCACACAAACCUGGAGGUAUUGCCUCAAUCAGAAUCCGAGCCUGGAUCGAUAUGGACCAAAGCCCCUCCCUUACAACACCGUGAAUACCUACAGGAGCUUUGGAACAGCCCACAGCCGCUCUCACUACCUGGAGCCCUGGCGCUAGGGAGUGGGUCACGGAAGAGGGGCCGAGACACCAGGCGGAUGCCUGCCUGCCUGCCUGCCUGCCGCUUUCGAACAUCCACAAAUAAUAAAAGCUGUUAGCUGCCUCAGGAGAGGAGGCGGCCAGGAAGGGCAUCUCCUGGGCAGGCAAAUCCUCUUUUCAGCUUUGUGCUUUGAGUUUAGGGGAAGCAGACCGAGAAGAGGAAAAGCCUCCCUGCCGUUCUCUGGGGCUUUCCCUUUGCG